AUGUUGUCUCUCUCUCUCUCUCUCUCUCUCUCUCUCUCUCUCUCUCUCUCUCUCUCUCUCUCUCUCUCUCUCUCUCUCUCUCUCUCUCUCUCUCUCAUCUCAAACCGUCUAACUCAUCAUCAACCACGUCGUCUCUGUCACCGUCUUCAUCUCCUUUUUAUUUCUGACUACCGAAACUACCCUCGGUGUUCUCAUCUUCAUCUUCGAGCAACUCUACUUUUCAAAGCGAUGCGCUUUUAUAGAGAUAGUGACCAAUGA